CUCUAACGGUGGUGGAUACCCCCAAUGGUUGGAGAAGCCAUGAGGAUCCAUGAUUCAGAUCUGCACCAACAAAAACAAAAACACCCAAGUGAAAAGCAAGGGUGGAAAAGAAAAGAAAACGCUAAAGUAACAAACUUCUGCCUUUCCUAAUAAUCUAGAAAGUCCCCGACAACGGCGCCAAAAACUUGACUCGCUAUGUGAUAGACCGUUAAUUACACAUGUUUUUACCCUUGUUCUUACACCGUUUGAGAUGUGAUUUCUCGUGUUUUAGGCCGAUUUCACGCUAGGUUGUGCUUGUUUGUGAUAUUUCAGGUCCUAGUACGUGAAUGGAGGCUUGGGAGCGAGUUUGGGGUCGAUUGGACGAAGAUCGGGCGCGAGGCAAGUCAAAAAGGAGGCCACACGGGCACACCCACAACUCACACGGCCGUGCAACUCAUAUUUGUGGCCGUGUGAGAUUGUGCGAGAGCAAACACGGCUUGCCCUAAUAUCCAAACGGCCGUGUGAAGGAGUGGCUUGGCCGUGCGAGUUUUGCCGAGAACAAACACGGGCAGAUGGAAAUCUCACACGGCCGUGCGACCCUGGCCGUGUGAGAAGCCUGAAGAUCGAACUAAUUGGAACGCAUCGUUUUGACUCACACGGGCAACUGGGUAUGCCACAUGGCCGUGUGGCCCUGCCCGUGUGAGUCGGGAUUUCCUGGUUUUAACCCAAUUCCGGGCUGCAAGAGAGAGAAUCGGACUUUUUGAGCAAAAACAGAGCCCUAGAGAGAGAAAGGACGAAGAACACACCCUAGAAGCCAUCUUGGAGCUGGGUUUCAUCAAAUCAAGCUUGGAGAUCAUCAUAGGAGUGGAAAUCAUCAUCCCAGAGCAGAUUUUCCUCAUCUUUAUGAAUAUGACUACUUUGUAUCUUGUUUUCCUCUCUCUCUCUAUGGAGUAGAACCCCUCUCUCACUUGGGGAUGAAGAACCCUAGUUCUAUGUGUUAGGGAUUGAUUGUAAUGACUUGGGAUGAUAUUACUGUUUGAUUUUAAUCGAAUGAUGCAUGUUUAUUGAGUCAAUUGAAGUCUGAUCAACUUUUCUUGAUUCCUGCUGCAAUCUGAGAUAGAUAGAAUCUGAUUAGGUUGCUAGAGUCUCAUCAUUCGAUAGUAGGAGAUUGGCUAUACGAGAGUUAGCCAGUUUACUGCUUUGUACUGGAAUCCAAUUCCAGUAGUGGAGUUCUGUUCUUACUGCUUCAGCUUUCUAUCCCGGUGAAGACUAGUCGUCUGCCGGGUAGUUAGACUGAGAGGGCUUGGUCAGCUUAAGAGAUUCCAAGAUACUGUCGAAUCUUCCGCAGUCUAAUCUACAGUAAAUCUACCCAGGGAAAUACAAUUGAAACCUAACUAAGGAGCUAGGGGGAUUCAUUCCCGAGUGACUCUUUCCUGCUUGAGAAAACCGUAUCAAUUCCUGCUUUCUUUCUGCUUUUGCUUUUAAACAACAAUCACUUGCUUUAGUUGGCUAGAUAAUAGAGAAUCAUUGAGUAAGCAGUAGACCUAGACCCCGGGUUGAUAAUAUAAUUUGCCUGUUACUGCAUUCCCAGUCUGCGAUUAUACUUGGUCGCAGAUUGGUGUUGUGUUUUGGCGUGUCAAGUUUUUGGCACCGUUGCCGGGGACCCUCUAGGUUAUUGGGGAAACGUGAGAAUUUGUUACUCUAGCCUUUUAUUUACUUCAUUUCAUCUCUUCCACCUGUGUGCAUUCACGGGUUGUUUCUGCUGAUUGUGUGCAGGUAGUGCAUGACCCGUAGCCAGUCGGGAGAUCUACUACCACUAGACCAGGAGCUUGAACGAACCUGCAGAAACUUCAAGCGAGCUCUAAAGGCGCGACUGGCUGCGGAGAAGGCGCUAUCACAGCUGCAGUUAGAGAUGGCUGAUCCAGGGAACCAUGAUGUGAUUCCUGAGGAGCAAACCAUGGGAUCCUACUGGACCGCUAGAGCUGCGGACAUGAGGUCACCCAUUCAACAUCCUCAUGUCCCAGCCAACAAUUUUGAGGUGAGCACCUCAGUAAUCACCAUGCUGCGCGGUUCAGUGGUGUUCCGUGGUAAGGAGGGGGAGUGCCCCCGAUCACAUCUCAGGCGAUUCCAUGAGCUCAUUGAUGGAAUCAAGAUCAAUGGGGUCCCAGCAGAUGCCAUCCAGCUGAGAUACUUCCCAUUCACCUUGGAGGGGCAAGCCAAGGAGUGGCUAGACACUCAACCUCCGGGCUCCAUCACCAUGUUCGCCAACCUGGCGGACAAGUUCCUCACCCGCUACCAUCCUCUGUCGAAGACGGCGGACUUGCAGAAGCAGAUCACCCACUUCACCCAGGAUGAAGAUGAGACCAUCCGGGAUGCUUGGGAGAGAUACAACAGUCUCUUCCUGAGGUGUCCCAAUCAUGGUUUCAAUGAUGCUUUCAAGGUGGGAACCUUCUAUCAUGCCCUCUUCCGGGAGGACAAGCAACUGAUUGAUUCGGUCUGUGGCGGGAACAUGCUGACCAAAACACCGCCACAGCUGAAUCAACUCUUUGAGGAGAUGGCGGAGAACGGGUACGAUUGGGUCACUGCCAGGAGAUCGAGACGAGCACCAGGACGGGGUGUGCAUGCUUUGGCACCCAGUCAUCUGAUUUGGUACAGGUGGUAUCAAAGCUGGUGUCAGCUAUUGAUGACUCGAUAUUUGCACAUGUUUUCCCCUUUGUUUCUUGAUCGUUUAAGCUUGCAUUAUCGCUUCUUUGGCCUAUUUUAUGCUAGGUUGUGUUCCUUUGUCACAUUUCAGGCCCUAGCACAUAAAGUGAAGCGUAGGCACAAGUUUCAAGUCAAUCGGAGAUCAAUUGGCGAUUAGGGAGAAGAAACACGAGCAUGACCUGAAGAAGAAUGGAUUUCUAACUCACUUUAUGGACAAAGAAUCAUGAAAGUUUGUUAUGAAAAGAAAGAGGACGAGACUACGAGCGUCUGGGUUCAAACGGCGACUGAUUCGGAGUCCGGACGAGGGAGAAACGAAGCUUUGAACAGGGGUGGAGGAAGAAUUACGGGCAGGAGAAUUACGACCGUAAUUUGCCCUCCCAUGCCCGUAAUUUCACUGCCGAGAGGAGCUUUGGGUGCGCUGAAACUUAACCAAAACGCGUGUUUUGGGCAAAAUACGGGCAUGGAAGAAUUACGACCGUAAUUCAGCCCGUAAUUCGCCCAGAAUCGGGUUUUUGAGGCAGAUUAGAGCCAAAGGAAAGGGAGAGCUGGGUUUUGGAUCCCAAACACCCAAGGGACGAACCCUAGAGAGAGAGAGCGACUUGGGAACAUUCUUGGAGCUAUUUUGGAGGAUUUCUUCGCCAUUGGAGCUCGGGAAUCAAGCUUGGAGAUGGAGAUUGAAGAUCUAGAUCAGAUUUCUGCAGUCUCUCUCUUCUCUAUGGAGUAACUUCCCUUCACUUAGGUUUUGAGGAACCUUAGUUCCAUGAGUUAGGAUCUUUCUUGUAUGAAGUUUUGGAUGCUAUAUUGUUUGAUUAUAAUCGAAUGAUGCAUGUUUAUUGAGUCAAUUGAAGUCUGAUCAACUUUUCUUGAUUCCUGCUGCAAUCUGAGAUAGAUAGAAUCUGAUUAGGUUGCUAGAGUCUCAUCAUUCGGUAGUAGGAGAUUGGCUAUACGAGAGUUAGCCAGUUUACUGCUUUGUACUGGAAUCCAAUUCCAGUAGUGGAGUUCUGUGCUUAUUGCUUCAGCUUUCUAUCCCGGUGAAGACUAGUCGUCUGCCGGAUAGUUAGACUGAGAGGGCUUGGUCAGCUUAAGAGAUUCCGAGCUACUGUCGGAUCUUCCGCAGUUUAAUCAACAGUAAAUCAAACAAAAGGAAUUACAACUUGGACCUAAUUGAGGAGCUAGGGGGAAUCAUACCUAAGUGAGUUCCCAAACUGUAAUUAGUAGUUUUACUUAGUUUAGUUAAUCAAUCCUUAAUCUAGUUUGCUAGAUAAUGAACUGAAGCUGAGUAA